AUGCACAGUGAGGUUGCACACACAUUUGAAGAAUUGACGGUAGCAAACACUUUGUCGUCCAUGUCAGGGAUAGACACUGCUGUUUUAGAUCCUAUUCAAGGUCAAGCGCCUUCACCGGCUUCUGGGGGAAACUUAGGUGAUUUGCCACAAUCUCCACCUUCGUCUACCCCCCUGGGAGGAGCACUCCCAGAUCCCUCACGGGACUCUUCACCUCUCGAAGGUGAACGACAAUCUGUUUCUGAGCCCUUCAUAUCAGGAAGUCUGCCAGUUACCGAGGACUUGUCACAAAGUCGUUCGCCGUCAGUGGCAGUUGUGGGAAACCAGGGUGCUUCGCCUAUUCAAGGAUCACAUCCUUCGAGCCCAUUGUCUACCCACCCUGAGAUUCAAGCUCAGGAUCCACUUAAGGACUCACUACCUUCGCGUAGUUGGCGACUUGUUUCUUAUGAAUCAGAUUCAUCUGACGAGGAAACUGAGGACGAGGGCUCACGAACCCUCAUUGCACCUUCUGUGACCUCUCUAGAAGAGGCUAAGAAGAUUUCUUCUGCAGGUACAUCCACUAUAGAUGCUGAAACUUCUUUGAGUGAGAGGGAAACACCAACAGAACAUGCUAAACAGACUCCCUCUACCCAACUGAGUGUCCAAUCUAUGAGUGAAACGAGAGAAACACCUACAGAACGAACUAGUGAGAACCCUACAGCUCAACCUACAUUUGACACAACUAUUCCAACUGUAUCUAUGAUAGAAUUUGAAGCUUCGAAAUUUAAAGUUCAACACUUAGAAGCUGAGAAUCUUGUUCUGUGGGAGGAGUUAGUUGAAUUGAAAUCUACAAUGGAGGAAAGGUUGGCUACUCUCGAAGCUAAGCUACUGGCUUCUCAACUUUCAAGAGAGGAUUACUCAAUUGAGGGGGAGAGAGCAGUGGAAAAAGCACGAGGAAAGAAGAUGAUCACUGGAGUAUCUAAAGAGCUUAUUGACUCUACUCUUCGAGGUCAAUCAAGCUAUGAGCAUGAUGAAUAUAUUCUUGAGUUUGUAGACAAUGAUCGGGUGAUUAGGAUGGUUGGAGCUGAUGAUGAUCUGGAGGAAGGAGAAAUCCCUCAAAAUGAAGUCUUUGCUGAUGAACUUGCAUAUCAUAAUGAUAUUUUCCCUGCUGAAGAGUAUGAAAUUGCAAACCCUCAGGAUAUUGCUGAAGUCUCCAGAGAACAUGCUGAGCAAAGGAGAGCAAGGGAAAAGUUAGAAAAUCAAAGACGGAUACGAAGGGAAAGGAGGCAAGCCAACUUACAUAAGGAAGGAGAAGAGUGGGAUGCUGUCAGGGCUGUGUUUGAUUUUCCAGAGGUCAAUCAAGAGAAUGAUGAUGCAGAAGUGAAAGAUAUCUUUGAUUCCUUCAGGAACAACGACAAAGAUCUACAUGACUAUCAUGAGGAGAGGAUGGAUGGUAAACAUCUCAUUCGAACUACAAAGAGAAGGCCAUGGACUCAAGCAUGUGUCUAG